UCCGAGACAAGGUCACAGCGUCCUGACGGCUUCUCAAUUUUAGACCAUGCUUUCCGCGGUCACGCCGGCCGAGGUCAACGCCAUCGACCCGCCCGCCCCUCCCGACGCGUCUCCCGAGCCGGAUGAGCGGCCGCCGGCCAAGGCUCGCAAGCGGCCCAGGCCGACGGAGCGAUGCGGCUGGACCCCCGAGGCCGACAAGUGGGUCGCCCACGGCUAUGAGACCCUCGGCCCGUGCUGGACGGCGAUCGCGGCGCUCCUCCGCCGUGAGACGGGUGAGGACCGGUCCGGCGACAGCGUUCGCAACCGCGUCCUCCGCCUGCAGCAGCAGCAGGGCAAGGCAGACGAUCGGGGCGGCGACUGCUGGACCACGCAGGAGGUCGACCUCAUCUGCCAGGGCGUUCUCAGAGGCCUCCGCUGGAAGGAUAUCGCGGACAUGCUCCCCGGCCGGACAGAGAGCAGCUGCCGUAACCGCUGGGUGCGGCACAAGCAAAAGGAGCUCUCCGGCAUGGGCGUCGAGGCAAAGGCGGCCGUCGACGUUGACUCGGCCCGCCGCCGCUUCGGCCUUCUCCCCGCCGGAGCACCCUCGCCGGCGCACGUUGGCCUCCUUCCCGCCGGCGCACCCGCGCCGGUAUUCGCGCCCCGCCCGUUUCCCGGCUCGCAGCAGAUGGCGCCCCACCAGCUGCCGCAGCCUAGCCAGCUGCCGCCGCCCUGCCAGCUGCCGCAGUACAACCAGCUGUCGGCGCAGCGGUGGGUGCCCGGGCCACUGAUGGGCCUUCCCAUGGCCCAGGCCAUGCCGAUGCCACCGUCGCAGCUCAUCCCGAUGUGGGGGCCGCCGCAGUACGUCCAGAUCCCCGGGGGGUAUUGGAUGGGCCCCGCUCAAGCCACGCACUCGCCGCCGCAGCCACUCCAGCGUCCCCCGCAGCCGCAGCAGCCCCUGCAGCCGCAGCAAUCCCCGCCUCUGCUGCCGGCGGCUCCACCAUCUCCGCCGCGCGAGCCGGAGCCACCUUCGCCGCCAAUCGCCGCCCCCCCCGCGGCGGCGGCGCUCUCGCCGCCGUCCAAGCGCAGCCUCGCCGCAUCGCCCGCCUGGGACGACCAGGCUGACGACCAGGCGGCGCUCUCGGCAGAGGAUCGCUACCGUGCGCGGCUACGCCUGGCCGAGAAGGAGGGCCGCUUGCCAAAGGGCGUCGUUGCACGCAUUUUGGGGACCAUGGCGGCGACACCGAGCGCGGCGUGAGCCUCGGAGCCUGCCGCGCCUCGAGCCGCGCCCCGCACAUCCCGGCCACAUUUUUCUUGCGUACUGGCCUGUUUAUUGACGUGCGGGUGGUACUGGCUUAGGAGAGGGAGGGAGACGAUGUUCCUAGUUGAGUUCGAUGUUGUUCAGUAUGUGCGGCGUACGGCUGUGGGUCCUGUAAUAUGUCUUUGCACUGUCUCGCGCGCGCUGUCUCUCUGUGUGGCUAUACUGCGUGAAGAAAAACAUCUCGUACAUACAACCCAA